UGGCCGGGGACCCCCCGCGCACCCCCGAGACGGCGCGCGCCCAGAGCGCGGGAGCCCGGAGCGCCGGGCGCCUGGGACCCCGCGGAGCCGCUGCCCAGCCCGCGGGGCUCGGCAGGGAUGCAGGCUGCACUGUGAGCCCGGGCGCCAAGGCCAUGUCCGGCGCCCGCUGCCGGACCCUGUACCCGUUCUCCGGGGAGCGGCACGGCCAGGGGCUGCGCUUCGCCGCGGGCGAGCUGAUCACGCUGCUGCAGGUCCCGGACGGCGGCUGGUGGGAAGGCGAGAAGGACGACGGGCUCCGCGGCUGGUUCCCGGCGAGCUACGUGCAGUUGCUGGAGAAGCCUGGAAUGGUCCCCCCUCCUCUCGGAGAGGAAAGCCAGACUGUUGUCCUUCCACCUGGCUGGCAGAGCUACCUGUCUCCUCAGGGCCGCCGUUACUAUGUCAACACGGCCACCAAUGAGACCACCUGGGAACGUCCCAGCAGUUCUGGGAUUCCAGCCAGCCCCGGCCCUCACAGGAGCUCUCUGCCUCCAACAGUGAAUGGAUACCACGUGGCAGGGACCCCAGCGCACCCUCCCGAGACUGCCCACAUGAGUGUCCGAAAAUCCACCGGUGAUUCCCAGAACCUGGGAUCCUCAUCACCAAGCAAAAAGCAGAGCAAGGAAAACACCAUCACGAUAAACUGCGUGACGUUUCCACACCCAGACACGAUGCUGGAACAGCAGCUAUUGAAACCCACCGAGUGGAGCUAUUGUGACUAUUUCUGGGCUGAUAAGAAGGACCCCCAAGGCAAUGGCACGGUGGCUGGGUUUGAGCUCCUGCUUCAGAAGCAACUGAAGGGCAAGCAGAUGCAGAAGGAAAUGUCAGAAUUCAUCCGGGAGAGGAUAAAGAUCGAAGAGGAAUACGCCAAAAACCUAGCUAAGCUCUCUCAGAACUCUCUGGCUGCUCAGGAGGAAGGCUCCUUGGGAGAAGCGUGGGCCCAGGUGAAAAAGAGCCUCGCGGAUGAGGCAGAAGUCCAUCUCAAGUUCUCCGCCAAGCUGCACAGCGAGGUGGAGAAGCCCCUGAUGAAUUUCCGAGAAAACUUCAAGAAAGACAUGAAGAAGUGUGACCACCACAUCGCGGACCUCCGCAAGCAGCUGGUCAGCCGCUACGCCGCGGUGGAGAAGGCCCGGAAGGCCCUCACGGAACGGCAGAGAGACCUGGAGAUGAAGACCCAGCAGCUGGAGAUCAAGCUGAGCAACAAGACGGAGGAGGACAUCAAGAAGGCGCGGAGGAAGUCCACGCAGGCUGGAGAUGACCUCAUGCGCUGUGUGGACCUCUACAACCAAGCCCAGUCCAAGUGGUUUGAAGAGAUGGUGACCACCACACUGGAGCUGGAGCGGCUGGAGGUAGAGAGGGUGGAGAUGAUCCGGCAGCACCUAUGUCAGUACACACAGCUGCGGCACGAGACAGACAUGUUCAACCAAAGCUCGAGCCUGUGGACCAACUGCUUCGAAAAGUGGACCCAGCCAAAGACAGGGAGCUGUGGGUCAGAGAGCACAAGACGGGCAACAUCCGCCCCGUGGACAUGGAGAUUUAGACGGGCACGCACGGCCCCGGGGGUCCUGCGGAGGCGAGGGGCUGGGGGUCCCAUGGAGAGGAGGUGGCCGCGCCUGCCACGGGGCCCGCUGCCGAGUUCAGCUGCCCUCCCACCCCCUGUCCUGGGCCUGGUCCACUGAGCUGGGGCGAUUCCAGAAGGGCGGCCUUGCUGGGAGCUGCCAGUGUGCCCAGGCCAAGAAGACGGAUCCACAGCCCUACCCUCGUCUCCGAGGCUGAAGCCCCCCCGAGGCCCCCACCCCUGACUCCUGCACCGUGCUUGCAGCUCCAAGGACAAACUGAGGCUGGAGCUUUGUGGUCCCUGCUGAGCACCGGAGGGGUCGCCUCCCCACCCAGAACCACCUGUGUCAUAUACUUACGCCCCUGGAAGCCCCAAGGCCCUCUGUCUAGCUGGCUCCCUGUGUCCCGGGCUUUUGGAGGGUCACGGGAGAAAGGUCCCUGUCUCCAGCCACGUAUCAGGAUCAGAAUCGUGGAUCCAAGGCACCGUUCAGCUCGGCAGCCCGCACUCAGAAUUCUUUGCAGCCCACCCUCUUUAUUGUCUUCCCAUUGCAUUCUGGGAGCCCGCAUCCUGGCUCUUCUGGGCCCCUUUUCCACCAUCUGGGGUCUUGGGAAUAAGGCCUCCUCUCUACCCAGACUGACCCUGCCUGGAGAGGUCAGGGUGGAACUACCUCAUUCAGCACAUCAGCCCCAAGUCAGAGUGUUGAGUCGCGUUUCAUAUUAGGUCAGGCAUCUUCUGUAAAGUCUCCAGGCUGGAAACCCCAAUCCAUCCAACCCUCAGUUGCUUCCUCAGGGAAGCUGCCUCCGGGCCCCCCCCACCCCCCCUUCCCAGACUCUUCGCGGGGCUGGCUCAGUCCCCUGUGGGAGGUGGGUGGGGAUGGGUCUUCGUCCCCACCCCCCACCCCCCGCCCCUGCAGAGGGCUCCACCUGCUAGUGCAUGGUGGGCGUGGGACCCCGUGUGGCUUUCUCUCCUUAGUGGGCACUGCACAGGCAUGGCAGACUCUCAUGGUCACAGCGGGGUGUCCCCUUCCUGGCAGUGUUCUGCCACCCUGGCCUCAGCUCGUCCCGCACAUUCCAGAGCCCUGCAUGGAGCCCCGCUUGGUGCCGGUACCACCUUCCCCUUUCCCCACUUCCCGAUUCCUGGGAAAGCCGGGUCUGAGCAUGACGCGGGAGGCAUUCAGCACACCGCUCAUCAUUCCCUCCCUCUGUAGAAACACAGCAAACCCGUUGUCCACCAUGUCAAACCCUGAGAAUCCGCACCAGGGGACUGGAAGAUGAAAUGACACCCCCGCCCCCCGAAGGUGGUCACGCGGCCAGCCGGGGGCAGAUUCUAGCCCAGAAGCCACGUCCUGGGAACCCAUCCUUCUUAGCUCAUCUUUCAAACCUUGAUUACUUCUGGCGUGCAGGACCCACACGCGCCCUACAAGGGCAGGGUCCUAAGAGCACAACUCCCCGGUCGCUCGGUCUUCAUGCUGGGAACUGAGGACUUAACGCAUCUUGAGUCUUUUGGCACCUCUUUCGCUGAGUCAGAGUUCUGUGCUCGCAGUUUAGAAUAGAAAGAUGCCCAAUGUCCUAGAGUAAGCCACGCUCUGUCCCACUUGUCCUGUUGAACCAUCUCAACCAAAAAGGUCAGCGUGGAGGAUGGAUCUGUCCCUGGCAGGGAGGACCACUGCUUCCGGAUCAGGGGUUGUGCCGGGACACCAGUGACUGAUUUUAGGAUAUUACGUCUUGGUUUCUCUAUGAAAAAUGGGUGCUGGUAGUAAUUGCCUUGUGGCUUUAGCGGACUACUUUGUGGGUGAUUUUCAAAUGUCCAAAGCCAAUAGCCUUGUUACUAACACAGACAUUUGGAGUGUGAGAUGGCUCAUCGGUUUUUGUUUUCUCCCUCCCUCCUGAAGGUUCCUGAGUCUUCUGGUCCUCCCCGGGACAGGGCGCGGGGGGCUCCCUUGCCUCUUCCAGGGGAGCCCAAGUGGGCCCAGUGUGGGUUUUCUGCAGCCAUUCUUCCCCCUCCCCCCACUCGCACUCCUCAGCUCACUCAUUAGCUUCUUCACAUGCUUUCCCUUUUUCUCCAUGCUCCUUCAUUCCUCAAAGAGCUUAGUCAGGGCUGAGCAAUGUGCUAAGUUCUGGGGACAAGACAGGGCAGGGGAAAGACCACCGUCUCUUCUGCGUAGACUUAGGUUUUCUCUGGGGUCUUGCAGGUCCUUAACCUUGGCCUUCACAUACAAGCACUCUUUGCAGAGUUGUGGUUUCCAGAGAUACUCUCUUUCACGCUGGCACAACUGCAUUCAUUCAUUCGUUCACUGGGCAGACACUCGGGACGAGCCAGGCAUCGUGCAGGGCGCCAGAAAUGCAGCCGUAUGCAAGAUACGCGCUCUGUCCCGGUCUUCUCUGUUGUUCUCCAUGUAGACAAGAGGCUCUUUAAACCUCUCUGGAGAAUGACAGCAUGGCACCUCUUCCACAUUUAACCGACUCAGAGCCUAACAUGAACAUGUCAUCCUAACAUGAACUGCUGUGUAGUAGCUCCCCGCUGGGUGGAAGGUGGACAGCAACAAGGGUAUAUAAUCACCGGGCCCUCAGCGCAUGCAGCCCGGAUGCAAGUCAGACCUCAGAGAUUUCUCUCGUUUCUUUUAAAUAACUCUCCUCACUUGACGGAGAAGAAGAACGAAGCCCAAGGAUGGCCAGUGAGUCCAGGGAGUGAGGAUCGGGGUCUGUUAACAGGGCUCCCGCCCUGGGUGAACCAAGAUGAGGCUGAAGUCUAGAACAUCCCAAAGCGCCCUCUGGAGUAGUGCUCUAUCCGGUUGUUGCUGUUUUACUUUAUUCUUGUAAAUUCGGUGUUGAAGUUAUAAGAGUGUAUGGCCGGGCUUAUUCAGAGAGUGUCUGGGAUGUACCUGGGCACAUCCGUUGUUCUCUAAGAACAAGUGAGCCCCUUCUACCUGCCCUCCUACAAGACAUGGAUGCACUUAGUUUUGUCUGUGAAAACCUGAUUUUUUUUGGGGGGGGAGCUGCACCCUGAAGCUUGCACCUCAGCUCCAAGAUAAAUGGCGUUCAAAAUGAGUUGGUUGCCACAGCAGCCUCCAGGAAAAGCCACUUAUUCCUUCCUUCUAUUGCUUUUGAUCAGUACUGCAAAGCCUUGGCCAACCAGACCACAGGGCUAGCUGCCCGUGGGACCACCUUGGGCCUUCUUUCUACCCACCCACCCAGCGCCUGUCGGGCCGGGAGGAUUUCUGCACCAGGAGGCGCUUCUCACUGGGGCUGGUUAAUGACCGAAGCGAACAGGAACAGUGUCCACACUCACAGACCAGGGAGAGAAGGGGGGUGUUUCUCUUCCCUUUGUGAAAACCAGUCAAUUACUAGAUUAGUGGAUGGGUACCUAAGAAUCUUGGCGAAGCCAAAGUCCCUUCUUGGAAACACUAGCCAUAAACUUCAAAGGACGUCAAAGACUGGCUUGUUGAAGUGAUUUGACUUCCAGACGCGUUGAAGUGAUUUGACUUCCUUCCUUGGGAGGGAGAGUUUAAACAGGAUUCUUCAGACCCACUGGUGGUUAUGUAGGUAGGGGAAGCACUUCAGGCGUGUUAAGUGGGGUACAGAUCAGCGUAGACCCCGAAUCCUCCAACCCCCUCCCAGACCUACCGCCUUGUUUUUUUUUUAAGAUUUGUUGAGGUGUUUGACAUACUUAUUGGGCUUUAUUGACCUACAGUGAAAUGCACCCUUUUGAAGGAUAGGGUUCCGUGAAUUUCGACAAACCUACAGUCUUAUAACCACCACCAAAAUCAUCAUAUUUCUAUCACUCCUGAAAAUUCCCUCCAGCUCCCUUAGAGCCGAUCACCCACACCUGCUCCCCAUCCCGCCCCCUGGCGACCGCCGAUGGAUCAUCGGACCCUAUGGUAUUGCCUUUUCUAGACUGUCCCAUAAGAGGAGCCACUGAUGUAGCCAUCAAGUCCGACUGCUUUCCCAAGGCUUCGUGCUUGGGGUCACCCACGUUGUGUGCGUCCCUGGCUCGUCCCCACGUCUCGUGGAAUCCCGCUCUGUUGCAUGGGUGAACCACGCGCUUCCUUGCUUGUGAAAUGCGUUGUUUGCCCUGGAGGCUCCUGGCCCAGGGUCCUCAGCUUGUUUGCACGGCUGCUUCCUGUGCCUCCCAAGGCUCCUCCAAGUGCCAGCCUUGCCCACAGUGGUUCUUGGGGCUCACACUCCUUGUGGUUCAUUUCAGGUUUUUGUGCAGAAAGGGGCCGGGGAUUGGGGGAGGGGUGCCUCCCACUUCUGCUGCACCCUGAAGCUUGCACCUCAGCUCGGAGAUCCACACACUCCUGGGGGGCCCUCGCUUGAGUUCACACAGCCUUUGGCUUCUGAGCAUGAGGGGGCAUGGAAGGCAAACGGAUGAAUUGCAGGUGAAGACACAGGGGGCGACCUUGGGCUGGCCAUGACCUUUCCCUGGAUCUCUGUUGCUCCGUCUGUAGGUUGCAGGUGUACCUUCUGGUCUCCCCAGGCUCCUCUAGCUACUGCACUCCCUCAGCCCCUUCUCGUUUUUCGGGGUCUGUACCCGACACCAUCAUGCUUGACCUGGGCCCCAUCGGCGCGGGUUGAGCGUGAUGGUGUCUGAAAUCCUCCUGAGAGGGAUACCCUGGCACUUCUCUUAUUUAGACACGAAUGGAGCUAAAAUCAAGAGUUUCCCAAGCUGUUGAGAAUGAGGUAGUUCCUCCUAGGGCCCUGAAGGGAGCACUUAUACAUUAUUACCUUUGGGGGUCUCGCCCCCUGAUCUUUGAUCUCAUGUCCUGAGGUCUAUUUCCAAGGAGCCAGGCAGGCAUGGUGGAGACAGAGCCUCUUCCCGUGAGCUGCUUGGCACUGCUGGAGGCUCGCUCAGCUGGUGGUCACACUGAGCCAAGCCUGUGUCUGCAGCCCCCUGUCGGGGGGGGGGGCGGGGGGGCAGAUGGUGGCAGAGAUGGGACCAAACCCCGCCAGCGCCGGGCAGGCUAGGGGCAUGACCCCCAAGGUGAUGACUCCGCCAAGCCGUGUCUCGGUGCCCUGCUGUGAGCCCUUGGAGGCAACCGGGCAGCCCUCUGAGCAAACGCAAGAUGUUCCUGGGGCCAGGCCAGGGGGAGGGCGUGGGCCAUGGAGCCCAAGUCUGCAGGAUCCCAUUCUUCUUGGGCGCAUCCGGGUUGCGUUUUGCCAGGGAGGACUCUUGGCAUCUCCCCCCACUCCCCCGCCCCCCGGCUCCUACGGGAGUAUUACUUCUGUCUGGCCUUUCCUGAAGGUGAAGGACCCACUGCUGUUGCAGCAGGUCUGGGUGAGAAUAAGGUGACAGGAACCGAUGUUUUGUUCUCUAACCCUUUUGAUGCCGGGGCGUGAAAAGGAGCCUUUGUUGGGAGGCGUCUCUGAGGGAGCUGGAUUGGUGAUGAGCUUUGGGUCUCUCCCUGUGUGCUGUUCAGGGGACACUGACCCCUUGUGUUGGAGGGACAUUUCUAACAGGAUUGCAGUGGUGGAGGGCAAAGGGUCUGGGCACAUGGGUGCCGUCAUGGGGAUGGAGAGGGAAAGCGUUCGGUGCCAGGGCGGGAGUAGUGGACUGACCCCGCUCUGCCGCCUCGUGUGUCCUGUAACCCGAAGUGAAGUCACAUCCCCUCCUGGGACCUCCAUACUCCCUCGUUUGUCAAGCAAGCGGAGACACGCCCUUUCCAGUAGCAUCACACGCAGCAGACCGGCUCUUGGGAGCUGUGGCCUCCAGGCGGCCGUGUGGACCCAGGAACAGACAUUCAGAGGGACACCAGCCAUCCCUUGGUGACAGGGGUCCCAAACUUGCAUCUCUUCCCUUUCCUGGGGACUGAGAUCAUGGUGGGGGGUGGGGGGGGUGGGGGGUUGGGAGGGGGGGGCAGCCCCUUCACAGAUGAGCACAUCAGCAAACCCUAUGACAGUGGGAUUUUCUAACAGAAUAAACUUGCUUAUUUGGUCUGUUUUCUGUAACUUUUGCUAAAUACUUUAUACAUUUUUAAUGUUAAAAAAAAGCUGUGUCUCCUGCCAGCAUUCUUCAUCCCGGUAUGAAUGUGUUUACGCCGCAUUGUAUACCUUCCAUCCUCUGGCUGCUUAGAUCAGUAAAUAAAAUUGAUGUACUAUAAUUUAUAAGUAACACUGUUGAAACUCUGAUCCCUACGGAGGCUGUAACCUGCCCUUCCCGCCCCCGUCCCUGACCCCCCCGUAAUAGCACUUGUGUGUAUUAAUGCUAAAGAAUUAAAUGUUUAAAGGGUUUAAGUUUUGAAGGCGUUCGCUAUAUAUAAUUGUUCUGCAUUAUUACAAAGCAUUUUUAGGACGUGAAAUGCUCUCUCAUCCCCUUCCCCCCCCCCCACUUUGGCUCUGUGUGUACACUUAAGAUGCUUAGAUUCAUCCCAUGUAAAAUAAACUGUCCAGAGAC